AUGUCCAUUUUCAUAUCCACUCAACUUCUUCAAGGUUUGCUUGGAGAAUUCCACUCUAGAAGGUUGCUGCUGCAUACCCCAUCUUUUCCAACCCUAACUACAGCAGCUUCUACAAACCCUGAAAACAACCUCAAUUCUUCAGAUCCUUACACUGGUAAUAGCGGCUUCGAUACAAACAUUGUUAUGGUUCUGUCGGUCCUCUUGUGUGCCCUAAUUUGCUCACUAGCACUGAAUUUCAUUAUUAGGUGUACAUUAAGGUGCUCAAGUUUGGUAGCCUCAGAAUCCCUCGCCAGCAGCUCAGCUCGGUUAGCAAACACAGGGGUCAAGCGAAAAGCCUUAAAGACCUUUCCAACAGUAAACUACUCUGUUGACUUGAAGCUGCCUGGCUUAGACUCCGAGUGUGUAAUAUGUCUAUCAGAUUUCACACCUGGUGACCGCGUGCGGCUUCUACCAAAGUGCAACCAUGGAUUCCAUGUUCGUUGCAUCGAUAAGUGGCUGAGCUGCCACUCGUCUUGCCCUAAAUGCAGGCACUGCCUCAUCGAGACAUGCCAAAAGAUUGUUGGCGGCAGUAGGCAGGCUAGGUCAUCAGAACCUCCUCCAGUGCAGGAAACCAUUGUGACCAUAGCACCGGUAGAUCCUGAAGGUUUGAUACAUAGCUAUAGGUAG